GAAGGACCACGUGAUGCCCGAGUAAGGCUCGUGAAGAUUUGUUUUGAAGAAGUUUUGACGUUGUUUGUGUUGUUCAAACGCUUAGAGGAUUUACUAGAAGACGUUUGUUUAUGUGCUUUCAUAAAAAGUGACUUCAGAGACACAGAAUACAAUGUCAUGUUUUAGAGCUGAUCUCAACUUUUGUCCCGAGUGUGGAAACAUUCUGCCAUUGCCUGAUUUCCACAAUUCUAUUAUCUGUCCUCGAUGUUCCUUCAGUAUCCCUGUUAAAGACAUAUUAGGUCAUGUUAUUAAGUCAUCCGUGGUGUUUAAUCCACUGGAUCAGAGUUCCAGCACAGUUGAGAGUGAAGAGGAUGCAGAACUGAAGGGACCCAUUAUUGACAGGAAGUGCUCUCGCUGUAAUAAAGAGGGAAUGGUGUAUCACACGAGACAGAUGAGAUCUGCUGAUGAAGGCCAGACAGUGUUCUUCACCUGUGUACAUUGCAGGUAUCAAGAAAAGGAAGACUCUUAAGAAAACGCAUCACCUCUCCAGCUGUCCAGUAGUUAUUAUUGUCAACAUCAAAAUUGCAGAAUUGUAAACUUACAGUUAAAUACAUGUUUGGAAUUUUUUAUUUUUCAAUCGCAAAAUACAAUUUGCAUCCUUUUUGUUUUAUGUACAUUGUAGCUUAUAAAAAAAUAAAGUAUUUAUCAGAUUUUGCUUUAUUGGCCAAAUGUGUGCAAACACACAAGGAAAUUGUUGUGGUUUUUUUCACCACUUGGUACAUACAUAUAUAUGUGACAUGAAAAACUGGAAGAACAAUUAGUAAGUAUAAAUAAGUAAAACUAGACGUAAUACCACUACUAAUAAUAAUGUUCUAUAACAUUUGGAACAGAGGAUUUAUGUACAGAAUUACG